GGCGCCCGCGGCGCGGCCGCGCGCCGCGACCAGCGCGAGGUGGCUGGCCGGCGGCGCCGCCGCGGGCGUGCUGGCCGCGUCGUUGGCCACGGGGCUGCGCCGGGGCGCGCGGGCCAGUGCAGCGCCGCCCCGCGCCGCGCGGAGGGCCGUCGCCGUGCGGGCGGUGACUGUCAGCGGCGUCACCGGGGGCGAGGCGGAGAAGAACGCGAACGGCGAGUUCGAGGAGGCGGUGGGCCUGUACGGCGGGAGGCGGCACUGGCAGAAGCGGGGCGACGCGGACGUGUGGCUGCUGCACAUCAAGGGCAGGUGGUGGGUCACCGACACGGCGGACAAGGACGCAGAGGCGUCCUCCGGGUGGGUCUGCUCCGAGCCGACGGAGGCACAGGAUCCGCUCGGCGUGACCGCGUGGGAGGCCUACGUCAACGACGCCUGGGUCGUGCAGGGCUCCAUCGCCGUUUCCGAGCCCGGGGGGGAGCCCGGCGCGGCGCCCGCCACCGCGGCCGCGCCCGCGGAGGGCGGGUCGGUGCUCACCACGCUGCCGGACGGCACGGUGAGGUUCACGGCGGGCGCCGAGGCUGGAGCCACAGCAGAGGGCGGGUCAGUGACCGCGUCCCUUCCGGAGCGCAGAGCCGAGUCGGUGGUCACCACGCUUCCAGACGGCACGGUGAGGUUCACGGCUGGCGCCAAGGCCGGGACAGCGAAGGGGAAGCCGCAGGAGAAGAAGGGGAUCUUCCGACGCGUGUGGGACAAGCUCCGGGGAAAGAAGUGAGUGGGGCCUUCUUCCCCACCUUCUGAUGCAUAAUCUCGGAUAUUGUUUUCCCCCGCCUGAUCCUGCACGAGCGACUCGCAGGGGGCUUUCGGGCUGUAAGUUUGCGGCCUCGGGGUGUUCCGCGGUAGGAACCACCCGAGAGGCUGGCCAUAUUAACCGGCAGCGGUAUUUUUCUUCGGCAGCCCGUCAUGGGCGCGGACUAGCGCAGAUCCAAGAAACCCGCGCGGAGCGCCAA